GUUUCUGUCAACAGCAAAAUUUGACGUUAACGUGUGAUAAUUAAAUAAAAACGUGGUUUUAUUAUUAUUAUUAAAAAAAAAUUGUUGUAAUGGGGAAGAAUAAAAAAGAUGAAUAUUCUCACCUCUCACUCGAAGAGAAAAAAGUAAUAACAGUAGCUGAAAUAGUGCAAACAUUACUAAAAGCGGAUAAAGAGCACCAAGUGGUUAAUUUAAAUCAAUUAAAAUGCAAGAUUGCUCAAAAAUACUGCUUAUCAACGACUCCCCGUCUUGUGGAUAUAAUCGCAGCUGUCCCCCAUGAACAUCGCAAAGCUUUAGUACCUAAACUCCUCGCAAAACCGAUUCGAACAGCUAGUGGAGUUGCUGUUGUUGCCGUAAUGUGUAAGCCACAUCGAUGUCCACAUAUUAACUACACUGGGAAUAUUUGCGUUUAUUGUCCUGGGGGACCCGACUCUGACUUUGAAUAUUCAACGCAGAGUUACACUGGGUAUGAACCAACUUCCAUGAGAGCGAUUCGAGCAAGAUAUGAUCCAUAUCUUCAAACAAGACAUAGAAUUGAACAGUUAAAACAACUUGGACAUUCAGUUGAUAAAGUUGAAUUUAUCAUAAUGGGAGGUACAUUUAUGAGUUUACCAGAAGAUUAUCGCGAUAAUUUUAUCAUAAAUUUGCAUGAUGCUUUAUCAGGACAUAAAAGUAGUACCGUUGAAGAAGCCGUUAAAUACUCAGAGAGAGCUAGUUCGAAAUGCGUGGGGAUUACUAUUGAAACUCGUCCUGAUUUUUGCUUGGAAAAGCAUUUGUCUGAUAUGUUACGAUAUGGAUGUACUCGUUUAGAAAUUGGACUUCAAUCUGUUUAUGAAGAUGUUGCUCGAGAUACAAAUCGUGGUCAUACUGUUAAAGCAGUUUGCGAUACAUUUGAAUUAGCUAAAGAUUGUGGUUUUAAAAUUGUAGCUCAUAUGAUGCCAAAUUUACCAAAUGUUGAUUAUGAAAGAGAUCUGAGACAAUUUAAAGAUCUUUUUGUAUGUCAUGAAUUUAGACCAGAUGGUCUUAAAAUAUACCCAACUUUAGUAAUUCGUGGAACUGGUCUUUAUGAACUUUGGAAAACUGGUCGUUAUAAAAGUUACCCUCCUUCCGUUUUAGUGGAUUUAAUCGCACAAAUUUUAUCCAUAAUUCCUGCAUAUACAAGAGUAUAUAGAGUUCAGCGUGAUAUUCCGAUGCCUUUGGUUAGUUCGGGGGUUGAACACGGAAAUUUAAGGGAAUUAGCUUUGGCUAGAAUGGAAGAAUUAGGUCUGAAAUGCCGCGAUAUUCGCACCCGAGAGGUUGGAAUCACCGAAAUUCACAAGAAGAAACGUCCGGAACAUAUCGAAUUUGUUCGUCGUGAUUAUGCGGCUAACGGAGGGUGGGAAAGCUUUUUAAGUUACGAAGAUCCCGAGCAAGAUAUUUUAAUCGGUUUUUGUCGAUUGAGAAGGUGUGGUAAUCGAGUUUUCCGACCGGAAUUAAAAGGGAACGUGUCAAUUGUUAGGGAGUUACACGUUUAUGGUAGCGUUGUUUCUGUAAGCGAACGGGAUUUGGGAAAGUUCCAACAUAAAGGUCUUGGUUUUACUUUAAUGGAGCAAGCGGAGAGAAUCGCCAUACACGAACAUAGAGCUACUAAAAUCGCCGUUAUUUCCGGUGUUGGAACUAGGAAUUAUUACAGGAAGUUAGGUUACGAAUUAGAAGGAGUUUAUAUGGUUAAAAGUUUGAAAGAUGGGGAGUAUAAAAGUGCUUUUUCUUAUGCUAUUGAUGAUCCCCCAAAGUUAUUAUCUAAACCAAUUUAUUUAUCUGAUUUCAAACCAAAAGAAAAAAUACUUAAUGAUGAGGAAUACUUUGAAAAAUGGGCUCGAGAAAAGUUGCCAGCGAUAUUGGAAAAGCAUCCAGAAUUACGAGCUAAACCUUCCCCGUUUGAACGUCGAGAAGAAAUUAAUGGUAUUGAUAGGAAUUAAAUAUUUAAUUUAUAAUAAUAUUAUUGUAUUUGUAAGUUUCACAUGAAUUGUGUUGAUUGAACAUGUUGAUUUUGUUAAA